AUGCAGCAGCUCCAGCAGCAGCGCGCGAUGCUGGAUCCGGCGACGGCGGCCGCCGCCGCCGCCCACCAUCUCCAUCUGCACCAGCAGCAGCAGCAGCAUGCCGGUGGCCACGCGCAUCCCGCCCAGACGAUGACGAUCAACCGCAAGCUGCACGGGGCGGCAGGGGUCCCGGGGGCCCACCCGACGCUGCCCCCGGUCUACGGCGAUGACACGCCGCCCCCGCUGCCACCGCUGCGCAACCCGCAGAAGGCGCUACUGCCCCAGCCGGUGGCGACCGUCGCGGGCAGUGACGCCUGCACGACCGAUCCCGGGGCCGGCACCGACAAGCAGAUCUACAUCUACUCCACCGCCAAGUACGGGCGGUACGAUCCGAACGGCAAGACGGCAUCGCAGCAGCAGCCGCAGCAACCGCAGCAACCGCAUCCAGCCCCCGGCAAGGGUGUGGAGGGCGGCCCGGCCGACAAGGGCAGCGCUGGCGGCAAGAACCCGAACACCACCACGUUCAGCUCGACGCCCGGCUACAGCAGCAAGCCGCUGCCGUCGAUCAUCAACUGCCCCCUGCCGGACAUACCGAAGGGGGUGGCGGGCGCUGCGCCCACCAGCAAGGACGACAUCUACGUCAAGCGCAAGCUGCUGACGGACCACCCGAACGGCAGCAAGUUUGCCACGCUCAAGCCGAUCCCGGCGCCCAAGAUUGAGCCGAACGGGCUGAACGGCAAGCACACCGGGGCCGACCAGCAGCUGCCGCCACCGCCACCGCCUCCCCUACCGGUGACGGGCGGGUCGUCCGGUUCGUCCGGCGGCUCCUCGUCCGGGUACGGCACGGCCGGGCUGACCACCUCCCAGAUCCAGUCGCUGCCACUGCCUCCGCCGCCGCUCGAGCUGCAGAGCGACCCGGACGAUCCGGGGCUGCGGUUGCCACCGCCACCGACGAGCGAGGAGCUGCUGGAGAGUGGGGCGGCCGGCCAGCCGAACGGGGACGGCGUCCCGAACGGGGCCGACACCUCAGCCCUGGCGGAGAAGCCAGGGCACGACGAGAACAGCUUCUACGCGGUGACCGAGCUGUAA